AUGUCCAAACACUCAAGCAAGAUCACUUCAUGGGAACAACUCUUCGCCUCAACCUCCGACCAACUCCGCAGCCUUGGAAUUGAAAAUUCCCGACAGCGCAGAUAUCUCAUUCGCAAGCGCGAGAAGUUCCGCAACGGUCUACACGGUCCUGGUGGAGAUCUGGAACACGUCGUGGACGGCGUUGCUCAAUUGCGUGUUGUUGAAAUUCCCGCUUCAGCACCGGCAGCAAACGCAAAUGCCACCAAGGACGGCAAGGACGGCAAGAGCGAGACUUCCGCACCAAUCGUCCCCAAGACAAAGAAAGUCGUCGUAAACCUCACCCCCGACGCAACCGAAUACACGCACCAAGUCUCCAAAGUCCUGAAGAAAUACGCACACAUGAAGGUCCAGCGCGGCAAUAAGAUCAUGGGACCAUUCCUGCAGCCGAUGAAGGGCACGCACGGUACUGCUGCCACUAUCACUGUUCAGGAGGGUAUGUGGGAGGAUAAGCGUGGACAUAAGGUUGAUGGUGGUGAGCGACGACAGAAGGAGGUUCGGGCGAAGCUUAGACUUGAGGAGCGGAGAAAGGCAUAA